AUGGAUGAGAAGAUGGCAACCACACAGAUUUCCAAAGAUGAGCUUGAUAAGCUCAAAGAGGCCUUUGCAAAAGUUGAUCUCAACAGUAAUGGAUUCAUUUUCGACUAUGAACUUCACGAGCUUUUCAAGGAAGCUAAUAUGCCAUUGCCUGGAUAUAAAGUGAGAGAAAAUAUACAAAAACUCAUGCUGGAUGCAGACAUAAAUAAAGAUGGGAAGAUAAGCUUUAAUGAAUUUGUUUAUAUUUUCCAAGAGGUCAAGAGCAGUGAUAUUGCUAAAACCUUCUGCAAAGCCAUCAACAGGAAAGAAGGGAUUUGUGCUCUGGGAGGAACUUCAGAGUUGUCCAGUGAAGGAACCCAACAUUCUUACUCAGAGAAAGAAAAAUACGCUUUCGUUAACUGGAUAAACAAAGCUUUGGAAAAUGAUCCCGAUUGUAGACACGCCAUACCCAUGAACCCAAAUACUGAUGACCUUUUCAAAGCAGUUGGCGAUGGAAUUGUGCUCUGCAAAAUGAUCAGCCUUUCAGUUCCUGAUACAAUUGAUGAGAGAGCAAUCAAUAAGAAGAAGCUUACACCAUUCAUCAUCCAGGAAAAUUUGAACUUGGCACUGAAGUCUGCUUCUGCCAUUGGGUGUCAUGUUGUGAACAUUGGUGCAGAAGAUUUGCAUGCAGGGAAACCUCAUCUGGUUUUGGGACUGCUCUGGAAGAUUAAGAUUGGCUUGUUUGCUGACAUUGAAUUAAGGAGGAAUGAAGCACUGAUGGCCUUGCUUCAAGAUGGGGAGACUCUGGAGGAGCUUAUGAAAUUGUCUCCAGAAGAGCUUCUACUGAGAUGGGCCAACUUCCAUUUGGAAAAUUCAGGCUGGCAAAAGAUCAACAACUUCAGUGCUGACAUCAAGGAUUCCAAAGCCUAUUUCCAUAAAUAUCCAGCCCUAACUAAACCGGAAAACCAGGAUAUUGACUGGACCCUUCUAGGAGGAGAAACUCAUGAAGAAAGAACUUUUUGUAACUGGAUGAACUCUCUUGGUGUUAAUCCCCACGUCAACCAUCUCUAUGCUGACCUGCAGGAUGCCCUGGUGAUCUUACAGCUGUAUGAGAGAAUUAAAGUUCCUGUGGACUGGAGUAAAGUUAACAAGCCUCCAUACCCAAAGCUGGGGGCCAACAUGAAAAAGUUAGAAAACUACAACUAUGCAGUUGAAUCAGGGAAGAAUGCAGCUAAAUUCUCCUUGGUUGGCACUGGAGGACAAGACCUGAAAGAUGAGAACCCUACCUUGACCUUGGCUUUAAUCUGGCAGCUGAUGAGAAGAUAUACCCUUAAUGUUCUGGAAGAUCUUGGAGAGGGUCAGAAAGUGAAUGAUGACAUCAUUGUAAACUGAGUCAACAGAACAUUGAGUAAAGUGGUAGUGCUGAAAAUCCACUGA